AUACAGAAAAAAAAGUUCAAAUUUGAUGUAAAAAUCAAUAAAAAUAGCAGAAAAAAAUGAAUUCUUAUGCAAGUGUCGUGAAAAAGACAAAAAAGUGAUCGAAAAAAGCUUUAAAUUGAAUUCUCGUAGAAAUUCGCAGCAUAGAAGUAGUUUUCAAGGAUAAAUGCAGUAACCAGCAAAAUCGCCAACAAUCAUGAAUCGGAACGUCUUUUACCACAAACCUUAUGAAAAGCCCAAUCAUUUUAGCAACGCAAGCAAUAGGAACAACAAUUACCACAACAAUCACAGCAAAAAUGGCUUUCAAGCCAACAACAACAAUUUUUUGUACAUGAAAAAUAAUCGCAACUCAUAUCACAGCCAGAAACAUCACAGUCAUCAAGGAAAUGUAAAUCGUAACAACAACAAUAGUAGCGACACCACUUCCAGGCUAACGCAGAGAGAGCGAGAGAGAAGUGACGAGGAGAUUGACAAAUGUUGGAAUAAACGAAAGAGAAAUAACAACCGACACUGGAAGGAAAAGCCGGCAGCAACAGCUGAUCCGAGUGGUAGUAAAGAGGACACGAUGCCGCCAAAAUGGACGAGAGAGGAUGCCGUGAAGGCGAUUGAGAUGGAAAAUGCGUUCAAUCAGUCGCAAUCGAAUCAGUAUGUUUUGCGGUUUCCCGAUCCGUUUAUUGACAAAAGUAUCAUUCAGGCGUAUUCCUCGGCGAUUGUCGAUGUGCGUGUGCAACAACCGAUAACUCCAAGGUUCGUGUACGUGCAACUUCAACCGGAAACCGAUGCAGAAAAGCUCAAACAAGAUUUGGCCAAAAUUCAAUUCGGAAACGGAUUUCUCAAGCUCGAAAAGCGAAAUGUCCCACAAAAUGAGCACCUCAAACCGGAAGAUAUCGAUCCUUUUACCAUUUUCAUGGGCAACAUUCACCCCUCGACGUCCAUCCAAAGUGUCAAACAGAGCGUGGAGAAGGCCUACCGCGUUGACGUGGGUUUCGCGAAGAAACACAAGUUCGGCAGAUACGCUUUUGCCAAAUUUCGUAGUGCAGCGGAUGCUCGCAACGCAUUCAGUACUUUAAGAAAUGCCGUGGGACGAGGCGGCAUGGACUUGGUUGUGCGUUUCCGACGAUUGCGAGGAAAUAUUAUGACAGGUCACGACAGAAAUUUGCCGAGAAAAGUGACGGGCAAUGAGAAAAAAGUGGAUGGAGCCACGGAUGACGCGCCAAAAGUUGAAAUUUCAGAAACUCCGAUGACCGAGACAAAAGCAGGCAAUCCGGCAACAAGUUCUAUUGAGUAUAUCGCAUCGUUAACAAAUGAUAUUUUUGAUUGGGACAACAUUCCGAUGUUCAAUAUUAGUCCCAGUAACAACAAUAACUCGCCAUUGUUGUUCACGUCGUCCUCGGCAAGUAACGACCUGCUGGACGACUUGUUGAAUCAAUUUUACUCGGAUGUCAGUUCCGUUUUGACUGACGAAUCCGAUCUUUAUUAA